GGUUCAGGAUAUUUAGAGCUUACGUCAGUGUGGGCGAAUUCGUAACCAUCUGGAUUGACUAGAGGCAUGAAGAACCAGUCAACAUCGUCGACGUAUUGCGGAUGAGCAGCGUAAUUUUCAACCAACUCCCGGACGAUUGGUAUCACCGGCUUUACUUCACGCGUAUUUUAAAAUGCCCGCUGCUCCAACACCACCUAGUAUCGCUUUUCUAAUCUCACGAGGAGGACAUGUCAACAAUGUGUUCACCAGGCAGUUUAAAAGUCAUCAACUAUGAAAGCUAUCGAGUUUUGCAAGAAGUUAUAGCCGAUAUUGAAAAUGUCUCCUUUGUUUCUUCUUCGUGUGAUUCUGAUUUAUGGUUUGUAGGAUAUAGUGGUUCCAAGCUGCAUAUUUUGCCGGCACUUGACCCACCAAAAGGACAGAUUAUUUCUUUUGAAGAUAACACUAUUUCUUCAACAUGCUUUUCAUCUGAAGGAAUAUUUGUCACAUUGGGAAAUGAUAGAAUUGCCAUUAUCAGUCAUACGGAACAUCGCUGGAAAAAGAAAGCACAGUAUGAUUUUGACUUGAGGGAAAGAAAAAUAAUAGCAUGUUUCACAGUGGAAACUGGUCUAAUUAUUUUCAUUCAACAUUCCAAUCUUCUCAUUGUUGGAUUUUCUGAAAAUCCACCAGAAUGGCUACAAAUUGCUAAAAUUGAUUGCCUUGAAGCACCAAAAGCAGUGUGCCUUUGCCAGUCAUCCAAGUCUGUACCUGAUUGCUAUUUCAUUGGAACCCAAGAUGGCCAUGUCUACCAACUGCAACUGCACCACAGAAAUUUGACCUUUUUAUGCGAUAUUCAACAACCCAUAAUAUCUAUUCAGAUUGCAGACGAUAAAACAACACUAGUUGUAGGAAAGUAUGGGAAAAUUGCAAGGCUAGUCGGCCCAACGAAAGAGGCUAUAAUUUCUUUUUCACCGACGGCUGUUGAAAACUGUUUCUAUUCUGGACACCAGCUUUAUUUAAUGGGAUCUAAUCAGCUUUAUUCAAUGGAAAUCAAGCUUGCAAGUGAUGGUCGCUUUUUGGAGGAAGCCAUGUAUUGCAAAGUCCGAUUCGUCCGAGCCGUGCAUUUACAAGGAGAAACAAUUUUCAUCUUAACAGAAAAUGGAACAAUCUAUCAAUGCAGUCUCUUGUUUGGAUCAAACGAAGAAAAACCAAGCCACCAACGUAAUGGCGCCGAGGUAAAACAAAUUUUGCAAGAGAUUCACCGCUGCGCUGACAGUGCUAAAACAUUGAGCACUGUUAGGGAGAGCGUACUUCUUGAUGUUGCCCAGCUCUCUAUAGCAUUGAACAUGGUUAAUCAAGACAUCUGUGAUCGUUUCCCAGUCAUCGUUCAGAGUUUCUCUGAACCCAAAUGCCCUCGAAACCAGCGUCUGAUCAUUUCUGUUACCAACAAAUCCGCAUGGAAUCUAUCGUCUCGCUACUGGAGUUUUCAGAUCAGCGUCCAUCCAGCCAAUCAAAGUUCGCUUUUUUUCAGAGACGAGUGGAAAACGGGAGACACUGUAGAGCUGGAACACCAGUUGGUUCUGCUGGAAGACAUAUUUGAUGUCACAAUAAAAAUAUCUCUGAUAUUCCGCCUUGUCGACCCCAAGAAGAUGACUGAGCUACAAUCACUCGCCGUUUUCCCGUUAUCAACCAUUAAACUUUGCGCACUGGAUUUCUUGGAGCCAGUGGUAUCAGAUCUGUUCGAUGCGAAGAACAGUCAUUCGGAUGUGAUUGGAUUCAGCCGCACUCAAAUAAAAGGCUGCCCGUGGCCGAUUUUAUUGCAACGGAGUUGGCAUCGUGGCUUCGCCCAGCGAAUUGGAGAUGCUUCCCCCAUGCAGAUGGUUUUACGUUGUGGAACGCAUUUAUUGCGCAUGAACUUGAAGGAAGAUGAAAAUCACUCAGACAAGAUAUGGAUCCUCAGAAUAGAAACUUCUAAUUACAAGCUUUUACGUUUCUUGCGUAACCAAAUUUUUCAGUUAAUCGAAGGUCGUUAUCCGCUUGUCAAGCCGGACUUUGUGAAAAUUCCAAGCCAUGUCCUCGCCCACCUCCAGAAUCUUAGGGGGCGACUGAAUUAUCUUCAAAAUCUUGGUAAUUGGGAUGAGUCGGAUACUGAGCCUCUAAUGGAAGAAUUUCGUCUUCUCAUGGCAAAACAACUUUCCCUUAGAUGAACCAGACAGAGAUGUUGUAAUAAAAGAAUUACAAUAAACACUAGGCGACUCAGUUUUCUCUUUACGGAACUCGGUGGACUUUAGGCCGCCAUACGUUGUGCAACAUGUCUACGUUUUUAACUAGUUCCAAUGUCUAAAUUCCGAAUCUCGCGGACCGAUAAGUAUGUCUAUAACGGCUCAAAUGCUUCUAGAGAGAAACAAAUUAUAAUAGUCCCUUAUUUAUCUUGGGAUUGUAAAUAAUUUUGCGCUGUCUGAGCUGAUGACGCCUGAAUUAAAAAUUCAUUUCGCACUCUUGAAAAGUACGUGGGUUGGCUGCAUUCACAUCGGCGUUGUAAUAUACUCCUGAAGUCCUCAUUUAAAACUUAACUCCACAGAACUGCUACAUAUUGUGAUACGGAAUUUGAAUAUACAAAUAUUAUUUUUCUGUUGUUAUACGA